CUCCGACCACACUCCCCUUGGUUGUCCUUUAGGGUUUUCCGCCGCUUGCGCGUUAGCUUGCCGUCGAUUCCAGGCAGCGCUGCCCCCAUGGCGAUCCAACAGGAUGUUAAACUCUUCAACCGCUGGUCCUUCGACGAUGUCGAGGUCAGCGACAUCUCACUUGCAGAUUACAUUGCUGUGACUCCUCCGAAGCAUGCUACAUAUCUUCCGCAUACGGCAGGAAGAUACUCUGCCAAGAGGUUCCGAAAGUCUCAGUGCCCAAUUAUUGAAAGAUUGACCAAUUCCUUGAUGAUGCAUGGUCGUAACAAUGGAAAGAAGCUUAUGGCUGUUCGCAUUGUUAAACAUACGAUGGAGAUUAUUCAUCUGCUCACCGAUGCAAACCCAAUCCAAGUCAUUGUGGAUGCUAUCAUUAACAGUGGUCCAAGAGAAGAUGCAACUCGAAUUGGGUCUGCUGGUGUCGUCCGACGUCAAGCAGUUGAUAUCUCACCAUUGAGGCGGGUUAAUCAGGCAAUUUACCUUCUCACGACUGGUGCUCGUGAAAGUGCUUUCAGAAACAUAAAGACAAUUGCAGAGUGCCUUGCUGAUGAACUAAUCAAUGCUGCCAAGGGUUCUUCCAACAGCUAUGCUAUCAAGAAGAAGGAUGAGAUUGAACGUGUUGCAAAGGCAAAUCGUUGAGCACGUGCGCUUGCAACCUGUCCUCGCUAUAUUCUGUGCAUUGUAGUCUUAUUUUUUUUGUGAUGCCUUGUUGGGUCCUUGGUUGCAUGAAGAUUUCCUCGUUAGCUAAAUGAAAAUAUUCCAUCAACCUUUUUUUUAUUCAGCUAAGCAGAAGAAGAGGUCAUUGUUGCUGGAUCAUUUUUAUAAUUUUCUUGAUAACUAGUUCAUCUUUGCUUAA